GACAGGAAGGGAGGUGCUGGGCACCGGCCGUGAAAAGCCACCUUCCCUCUCGACGCCGCGUCCGCCCGGGUCUCGCCAGCCAUGCGCCCCACCGAGCCCUGGAGCCCCAGCCCGGGGACGGCGUCCUGGGACUACUCAGGGUCGGGCGCCCCGGAGGAGCUGGAGCUGGAGGAGGAGCUGUGCGCGGCCCGGGACCUGCCCUACGGCUACGCCUACAUCCCCGCGCUCUACCUGGCGGCCUUCGCCGUGGGCCUGCCGGGCAACGCCUUCGUGCUGUGGCUGCUGGUCGGGCGGCGCGGCCCGCGGCGGCUCGUGGACACCUUCGUGCAGCACCUGGCGGCCGCCGACCUGGGCUUCGUGCUCACGCUGCCGCUGUGGGCCGCGGCGGCGGCGCGGGGUGGCCUCUGGCCCUUCGGCGAGGGCCUGUGCAAACUCAGCAGCUUCGCCAUGGCCGGCACGCGCUGCGCGGGCGCCCUGCUGCUCGCCGGCCUCAGCGUGGACCGCUACCUGGCCGUGGGCCGCCCGCUGGCCGCGCGCGCCCGCCGCACCCGUCGCUGCGCGCUGGCCGCGUGCGGGGCCGUGUGGGCCACGGCGCUGGCGGCCGGCCUGCCCUCGCUGGCCUUCCGCCGCCUGCGGCCGCUCCCCGGGGGCCACGGCAGCCAGUGCGCCGAGGAGCCGUCCGACGCCUUCCAGGGCCUGAGCCUGCUGUCGCUGCUGCUGACCCUGGCGCUGCCCCUGGCCGUCACCGUCGUCUGCUACUGCCUCGUGUCGCGCCGCCUGCGCGGGCCGGCGCACCUGAGCCGCGCCCGGAACCGCUCGCUGCGCAUCAUCUUCGCCGUCGAGGGCGCCUUCGUGGGCUCCUGGCUGCCCUUCUGCGCGCUGCGCGCCGUCUUCCACCUGGCGAGCCUGCGCGCGCUGCCGCUGCCCUGCCGCCUGCUGCUGGCGCUGCGCUGGGGCCUCUCCGUCGCCACCUGCCUGGCCUUCGUCAACAGCUGCGCCAACCCGCUCAUCUACCUGGUGCUCGACCGCUCGUUCCGCGCGCAGCUGCGGCGGCGCGGGGCCUGCUGGCGCUCGGCGCGCUCGGCGCGCGCGGCGCGCGGGGGCAGCUCGGCGUCCUCGCUCUCCCAGGACUACGGCUCUCCGUUCCGGAGCCCGGCCCGCCGAGCCCAGACGACGAACGCCUCCUCGGCCGUGGGCCCAUAGCUGGCCAGCCCGGAGGAGCGCGCGACAGCGGCGCGCGGAGAGGGGCGGGAGGCAUAGCGAGGUGGGCCGCCCCCAACCCCCUACCUGCCUUCCCCGGACCUGCCUUCCCGAGCGCGGAGAGCGGCUCCGCCGGCACCGCCUAGACCCCGCGGGUCUGGUUCACCAGCUUUCCCAAAACCUCAGCGUUUCGAACUCCCCCCACGCCAGGCGGCUGAGACCAGGUCUUCUCCCGCUCGGCCCCGCGGGCACCUGGGCUCUUUGUCUCCAGCCCAAGAAAGGUCCCGCAAGAUGGAGCCCACAGCAGCCCGGACACCGCAGGGUCCGCCGAGUAGGGGAAAGGGAAGUGGGCCUCCCUUCUCUGCCCCGUGGAUAGCAACACUGGCCAGAGCCCCCCAAAAGCCACUCUUGUCUUGGGCUCUGUUACAUUUGGUCCCUACAAUCGCCAUUGCCGUCUGAGAAAUACCUCCUCCAAGCCAGACCCUCUGGCCCCUCACUUUCCAAAAGAUCCUACAGACUAUGAAACCGACAGCCCUUUAUACUCAGCGGUCUUGGGGCAGAGUUUGCUGAAUCAUUAGUCACCAUCAGUUCAGAUCUUCAUUUUCAAAGCUUGCCAAAGCGUGGGAACCAGUCCUGCUAUCGGCUCACCCAGCCAUUCCUCCUGAGUUUCCCCAGAAGCCCGGGCCUGCCCCAGUUCCGUAUCUUCUCCCCUCUCCCAACAAGCGGCAGGACUCACCCUGGAAGUUAUCCUGGACCUUCCCUCUGGACAGAGGGUUCCGGCAUCUCUCAUCAGGUGUUUGGAUUCUCUCUCCCCCAGCCCGGACACCAGGCCCUUCAGUGUGAGUUCCCCUUUCUCAAUAAACACUCUCGCUGCCCUCGCCCGACAACUGUGUCGGUCUUUACUUGAGCAGAGGCGGAUGGAACACUGGGUCACACAAAACUCAACCCAGGAGUUGAGGUUGACCUCAAAGUGAUCGGAAUUUGGGGUGAAGGUCAGGGACCGAGAGAGCUGAUCCCACCGUGGGCACAGCAGUCCCACGGGAGGGCGGCAUAGCUUUUAAUUCUCAUUAUUUUAAAGGAUGCUUCACAUUUUGAAGGUUUCAAAGAGAGAAGAGAAAAAAAAAAUAAAAGAUUUAAGGUCAUCUGGCAGCCAGGUGCCACUUCAAAGAGGAAAUGUGUCAUUGUGAUUCUCAGAUCAGCACAGGGCUUUUUCUCCUACCCCUUUUGAGACCAUCCAGUACAAAUGUUGAGGGUGUCCAUUUUCUGACUCUGUGACAUCGUUUGAGGUUUCUGGAGGGGUUGAAAUUUCAGUGUUUCUACUUUUAAGAGGAUUUGGCCUGAAGAAGUGUCGGUCGCUGCGGAAAGGAGCUCAGAAUUUCUCUCUGAGGGCCCCCCUCUCCGCCAGACCCCCGGGCAGGCGUGGAGUCCAGUCUUUGGGGCUGAUGGGUUAGAGCAGUUCAAACCCGCCUGUCAGCGGCCCUGGGAGGUCAAGCUGGGAAGAAGCACACCUGGGUGCGUCCUCCCCACGCACCCGAGGGAGGCAGGCCUUGCAGCCUGUGGGGUCGCCGGGCCGGCAGGACCGAGUCCAGACACUUUAACCUCGGUACAUCGGGGCUGCCCCCAUCCUCACCUCAUCGCCCUCCGAGGCAAGAGGUGACCGUUUCAUAUGAUGGGACCUCAACUUACAGCAGAAGGGCUUUACUGGGCUGUUCGGAUGGAGCCCCUACCUGGACCCCUGUCACCUUGCUUCUCCCGACUUGCUGAUGAACUGAGUUCCCUGAAGACAGACAGACAGACAGAAAACGUCUCCAUCUCCCCCCAGCACAGCAGUUAUCAAAGCUCAGCAUUUCCCUCCCGCUGCUGGGAGAUUGGAAAAUGCUGAUAAGUGAAAAGAAAAAAGGGGUAACAGAGUUGCUUGUGUUAAAUAAACACCCACACACUUCAAGGCUGGAGGAUAUAAAAUAAUUG